UACGCGCUUAUGUAUGCGAUCGAGUAUUGCCAGGUGGAAGGCUACUCCAAAGAUACUUGCACACAGGCUGUCAACCAGUUUGGCCCUAUGGUCAUCAGUUUCAUCAUCCAACACUCGGAUAAAGUUUGCAACAUUUUCAUGCAGUGCCCGUCGUACAACAAGCCCGUGCCUAAUGGUGACCUGUGUUCCAGUUGCAAGCAAGUAUUCAGUGGUCUGGCUACCAUCACUGGCAACAGCACAUUCCAGAAGACAGUGCAGACGGAAGCAUCAUUGUUCUGCAGAUAUGAAGGCCACUCAACGGCCGAGUGCGAACAGUUUGUCAACCAAUAUGUGGGCAAAUUUGUCCAAUUUGUAACUUCUCAGCUGAAAGAGCCUGUUUGGUGUGAGAUCAUCCAGGUGUGUACGCCCAGCCAAGACUUCAGCGCAGUCAGCAAGCCACAAGCCAUGUCUCGACUCAUGCAGGUUCCUCCUGCUAACGGUGACACCUGCAAGGAUGCAAGCAAUAUUCUCAAGACUUUCUCGCCUGUACUGCUCGCUCCAAACCUCCCUGUUGCUUGUUACUCCCCUGGGACAAACUUGUUCUCCACCUUAACCAAGGUGUGUGAAGCCCUAGGCAUAGCUCCGGAUACAUGUACUACAGACAUCGGCGAGUUCGGACCGCUAGUUUUACAAGAGCUGAUUCCAUUGCUGGACGGCAGCACUAUCUGCCCUCAGCAGGGUUUAUGUGCAGCAGGCUCUCUCUACAAACUUGGCCGUGUUGUCUCAUCCAUUGAGCAGGUUACUAAGAGCAAUGGAGAUCCCUGUGCAGAGUGUAAGGAGAUAGUUAUGGACUUGUUAGAUAUAUUCUCAACAAUCAAACAGUGCAAAAAGAUAUAUUCAACAAGGCCAUCGCUGUCUGUGUCGCUCUAGGCGGUUCCACAGCUACCUGUACUGGAGUGAUUAAACACUAU